GGGGCCCGCCACCUCCAGGCGCGCGCAGGCUCCCCCCGCCCCGACCCCUCCCCCUCCCCUCCCGGUUGCAGAGCGCACCCCCCGCCCCCAGCUGUGGGAAGGGGCCGGGCCAGCCGCCUGACGUCUGUGCGGGGCUCGGAAGAUGGCUGCGGAGCCCAGCACCGGGCAGUGGCUGCGGCGGCGGCGGCGGCGGGCGGGGAGCGCAGCGGGCGGGGGCUCCGCCUUGCGCGUGGGGCGCUGAGCUGAGAGGCGCAGAGGCGGCUAGGGAGCGCGGGGGGCUUGGGGGCGCAGCUCGGCGACGCCUCCCUGCCACCCGCCGCACCAUGGGCAGCGCGGAGGACGCAGUCAAAGAGAAACUGCUGUGGAACGUGAAAAAGGAGGUGAAGCAAAUCAUGGAGGAGGCUGUCACCAGGAAGUUUGUGCAUGAGGAUAGCAGCCACAUCAUUGCUCUGUGUGGUGCAGUGGAGGCUUGCCUCCUACAUCAGCUGAGACGCCGUGCUGCGGGCUUCCUGCGCAGUGACAAGAUGGCAGCCCUGUUCACCAAGGUGGGGAAGACGUGCCCAGUGGCUGGGGAGAUUUGCCACAAGGUACAGGAGCUACAGCAACAAGCAGAGGGCAGGAAACCCUUAGCAGGCACCCAGGAUGCCCUGCGGAGACAGGGCUCUGCCAGCGGGAAGGCCCCAGCUCUCAGCCUACAGGCCUUAAAGCACGUAUGGGUGCGCACAGCGCUCAUCGAGAAAGUGUUGGACAAGGUCAUGCAGUACCUGGUGGAGAACUGCAGCAAGUACUACGAGAAGGAGGCAUUACUGGCAGAUCCUGUGUUUGGCCCCAUCUUGGCCUCUCUUCUAGUGGGACCCUGUGCCUUGGAGUACACCAAGCUCAAGACAGCUGAUCACUACUGGACUGACCCCUCUGCUGAUGAGCUUGUCCAGAGGCACCGUAUCCGGGGUCCCCCCAGUCGCCAGGACUCCCCUGCAAAGCGCCCAGCCCUAGGAAUUCGGAAGCGGCAUUCGAGUGGCAGUGCGUCAGAAGACAGGCUGGCUGCCUGCGCCCGCGAGUAUGUGGAGUCCCUGCACCAGAAUUCAAGGACACGGCUGCUCUAUGGCAAGAACAACGUGCUGGUGCAGCCGAAGGAGGACAUGGAGGCCGUCCCUGGCUACCUCUCCCUGCACCAGUCUGCAGAGAGCCUAACUCUGAAGUGGACCCCCAACCAGCUCAUGAACGGGACUCUGGGGGACUCCGAGCUGGAGAAAAGCGUUUACUGGGACUAUGCCCUGGUUGUUCCCCUCAGUCAGAUCGUCUGCAUCCACUGCCACCAGCAAAAGGGUGGCGGCACGCUCGUGCUGGUGAGCCAGGAUGGCGUCCAGAGGCCACCACUGCACUUCCCACCGGGAGGACACCUGCUGUCCUUUCUGUCCUGUCUGGAGAAUGGGCUGCUGCCCCGAGGACAGCUAGAGCCCCCACUCUGGACCCAGCAGGGGAAGGGGAAAGUGUUCCCCAAGCUACGGAAACGCAGCAGCAUACGGACCGUGGAUGUGGAGGAGAUGGGCACCGGGCGGGCCACAGACUACGUGUUCCGGAUCAUUUACCCCGGCCACAGGCACGAGCACAUCACUAUUAACUACCACCACCUGGCGGCCAGCCGCGCGGCCUCGGUGGACGAUGAUGAGGAAGAGGAGGAUAAACUGCACGCGAUGCUCUCAAUGAUCUGCUCGCGGAACCUCACAGCUCCCAAUCCGAUGAAAGAUGCUGGUGACAUGAUCGAAAUGCAGGGCUUUGGGCCCAGCCUGCCAGCCUGCCACCCGGAGUCCCUGUGCAGCCAGGGCUCCUCCUGCCUCUUCUGCUCUACCCGCAGCUCCCCAUAUGCCACCCCCAGCCGCUGCAGCUGUGUCCCCGACCGGUUGCCCCUCAGGCUGCUGUGUGAGAGCAUGAAGAGGCAGAUUGUGUCCCGGGCUUUCUAUGGCUGGCUGGCCUACUGCCGCCACCUGUCCACGGUGCGGACCCAUCUGUCAGCACUGGUGCGUCACAACAUCAUCCCUCCUGCCCGGCCCCCGGGGGCCUCAGGGGGCCUCACCAAGGAUGUGUGGAGCAAGUAUCAGAAGGACGAAAAGAACUACAAGGAGCUGGAGCUGCUACGGCAAGUUUACUGUGGAGGCGUGGAGCACGAGAUCCGUAAGGACGUCUGGCCCUUUCUGCUUGGCCACUACAAGUUUGGCAUGAGCAAGAAAGACAUGGAGCAGGCGGACUCGGCAGUGGCAGCAAGGUACAAGCGGGUGCUGGCGGAGUGGAAGGCCUGCGAGGCGGUGGUGAGGCAGCGGGAGCGGGAGGCUCAGCCGGCCCCACUCACCAAGUUCUCCUCGGGCAGCAGCAUCGACAGCCACGUGCAGCGCCUCGUGCACCGAGAUUCCACCAUCAGCAAUGACGUAUUUAUCUCUGUGGAUGACCUGGAGCCCCCAGGGCCCCCGGGCACUGAAGAUUGCAGACCCGAACCUGAGCAGGAGCUGGAAGCGGGGCCCCCGGGCACUGCCGUGGCGGAACGGCAGCAGUCCGUGGAGUUUGACUCCCCCGACUCGGGACUGCCAUCCUCUCGAAAUUACUCCGUGACCUCGGGCAUCCAGUCGAGCAUAGACGAGGGGCAGAGCAUGGGCUUUGAGGAGGAGGAUGGCGGUGGGGAGGAAGGCUCCAGUGGGCUGGUCCCAGCAGCCGGCGCUUUCUCCGAGCCCCAGGACACCAGCCCGCACAAGGCCUCGCGGGCCAGCGAGCUGGAGGCAGGGGCCGAGCUGGUGGCCGUGUGCACUGCUGCCUACACCAUAGAAUUACUGGAUACUAUGGCCUUAAAUCUGCACCGUAUAGACAAGGAUGUGCAGCGCUGUGACCGCAAUUACUGGUACUUCACAUCCCCCAACCUCGAGAGGCUCAGAGACAUCAUGUGCAGCUACGUGUGGGAGCACCUGGACGUGGGUUAUGUGCAGGGCAUGUGCGACCUGCUGGCACCUCUCCUGGUCAUCCUGGACAACGAUCAGCUGGCCUACAGCUGUUUCAGCCACCUCAUGAAGAGGAUGAGCCAGAACUUCCCCAAUGGGGGCGCCAUGGACACCCACUUUGCCAACAUGCGCUCCCUCAUCCAGAUCCUGGACUCAGAGCUGUUCGAGCUGAUGCAUCAGAAUGGAGACUACACCCACUUUUACUUCUGUUACCGCUGGUUCUUGCUGGAUUUUAAAAGAGAGCUGCUCUAUGAGGAUGUGUUUGCCGUGUGGGAGGUGAUCUGGGCGGCCCGGCACAUCUCGUCAGAGCACUUUGUCCUGUUCAUCGCCCUGGCCCUGGUGGAGGCCUACCGUGAGAUUAUCCGGGACAACAACAUGGACUUCACCGAUAUCAUCAAGUUCUUCAACGAACGGGCUGAGCAUCACGAUGCCCAGGAGAUCCUGCAGAUUGCCCGGGAGCUCGUCCACAAGAUGACCUGGCCUGACUUACCACCUCAGAAGCACAUCCCCUCUCAAGAAGCCUCUCCCCGUCCUGUGCACCGAUCCAGGGCGCUCCCUCUCCACCUUUCCUAUUGGAACUUUCUCAAGAGACUGGAGAACAAGGCAAGGGCCCGAAGGAUACCCUGAGCAGGAGCUAGAAGGCCCCCAGUACGGAAACCUCUCCCCACGGCCACGCUGGUCUCCUGGCCACUCAGCCCCCAGGGCCAGGUCUGCAGUGAGGGGGCUGCAGGAGACCACAC